AUGCAACACCUUAAGCCAUGGCGAGCUCUGCUCCUUCUCACCGUGCUGUGCCAACCAGGAACCUCAGACAAAUACGGUUGCCUGUUUGAGAGAAAACUGUGCACGAGGGAUCAGUUCUGCUCAGAUGACGGGCUUUUUGGUCAGUGUCGUAGCUCUAAGCAGGACCAGGUUCAGUACCAGGUGUCAGUUCCUGUUCUGAAGAGGAUGCAGGAAGUCCUCAAACAGCUCAUGCUACAAGGCCUUUCCUGGCAAGACGACAUCACCCAGUAUAUUUUGUCAAAGGAGCUGAAGAGAGUUCCCCAUACGACCCAACCCUCUAAACCAAACUCCUCUUCCUCCUCCUCUCAUUUGUCUCAGCCCAAACAGCAAACCCCCCACCACCAUAGUUCUAAGUCAGGGUCCACACCUCCUGGUGGCAACUAUGGGGACUACAUGAUUGUUGAGCCUCCUCAGUCCCCGCUACGCAUGCAGACAGCCUCCAUGGACCCAUACACAUACCACCAGCAUAGGUACCAAGAUGAAGUAGAGAGAUCACUGAUUGGGGCGGGAGGCGGUUACGUCCGUCCCUCUUCAAGGUCCCAGGCCAAUCAGAGAGAGAGAGAGCGGGAGAAGCAGCUGCUACAGGAGGCCUUGUCUCUCUACCUGGCGUCUGCACAGCCUUCAUAUCGCCACAGAGGGGCCGGUUCCAUGGCUCCCGCAGGUCUGCCUUAUUAUGAAGACUUGGAACUAGAGAUACCAGUGGACUAUGUGGAAGACUACACCCUAGAGGAGAGACUUGGUACUGCUGGCAGACAACAACAACAACAACAACAACAACAACAACUGCUACAACAACAACAACAACAACAACAACAACUACAACUACAACUACAACAACAACAACAGAUGCAGAAUAAAAAGGUUCCUCAGGACUUCAACACUCUGUCUGCAAAUGGAAAUGAUGGCCUUCUCCAGAGGAUGUCAGGAGUCUUGCAGAGGUACGGAGUUGACCCCAGAGAGCUCAGUCAAGAGCAGCUCUACAAGCUAGCCCUCAUUCUGCAGCUGCUGCAGGCUCAAGAAAAAACAGAUCCACCUGAGAAAGACCUCAUCACCCUCAAGGAGAUGCAGCUGUUAAAAACAGACAGUGUAUCUCAUAAUCCGGAGAAGCCUGCCCCUGCCCCUGUUCCUGGUCCCCCCGCUGCCCGUCCUGCCCCCUCCUCCGCCUCAGUCCCAGCCACAGCUAAAGCCAAGAGCGCCAGCCUCCCCACUUCUGCCUCCCAGCCUCCGCAGGCAGCUCCUGCCGAAGCUGGACAAGGCCUGAGGGAGCAGGGGCCACCACUGGUUGAGGGUACAGGAGCCAAGGAGGAGUAUGGGUACAUUGUCACCAACCAAAGUCCCCUGAGUUUAUAUGAUGGAGUGAAGCUUUUGGAGUUGCUGGCUGAUAAGAUACACCUGACAACCAGCAGCUUCAUCAACAUCAGUGUGGUGGGUCCUGCACUUACGUUUCGUAUCCGCCAGAAUGAACACAACAUGACAGCUGCAGAAGUGGCUGCUAAAGCUGUAUCUGAAAAGAAGUUCCUGGAGUCUGAGACAGGCCUGAAGAUUGUACAGACUGGUGUGGGACAGAGGACAGAUGCACGGGGUCUCCCUCAGGUAACCAGGGUUUCCGAGGGCUCCAGUGGGACAGUCAUCACCCUUGUUUCCAUGGCAGUCGUAGGAGGCGUGCUGGUAUUGGCCAUGGCGGUAGCUUGCCUCAGGCACUACACUCAGCAAGUGGCCAAUGGCAAGCUUGGCCUGGGGCCAGAGGGAGGAGCAGAAACACACUUUGACUACCAGGAGCUAUGUCGGCAGCACAUGGCAUCCAAAUCCUCCAUGUGCCGCCAGGAAUGUGUGGGUGUUGGGAGCGUGGCGGGGUCCGCCAUAGCCACGGGUGCUGGUGGUCGAAGGGGUACAGACACAUCCCGCGUCAGCAGUGUUUCCUCCCAGUUCAGCGAUGGUCCUCAGCACAGCCCGUCCUCCACCCAUAGCUCCACCCCGUCCUGGAGCGAGGAGCCCGCCCAGUCGAACAUGGACAUCUCUACUGGUCACAUGAUACUGGCGUAUAUGGAGGAUCACCUGCGUAAUAAGGACCGCCUUCAGAAAGAGUGGGAAGCUUUGUGCUCCUACCAGGCUGAUCCCAAUUCAGUUGCUGUGGCUCAAGGCCCGAGCAACAUGGACAAAAACAGACACGCUGAAUCACUCCCCUAUGAUCACUCUCGGGUGAAGCUGAAGUCUGAAGUAAACUCCAAUAAACAAGACUACAUUAACGCCAGCAUCAUUUUUGAUCACGACCCUCGCCAGCCAGCUUAUAUCGCCACACAGGGACCACUCGCUCACACUGUCGCUGAUUUCUGGCAGAUGGUGUGGGAGAACGGCUGCACAGUGAUAGUGAUGAUGACGGCUCUGGUGGAGGAUGGAGAGAAACAGUGCGAGCGAUACUGGCCUGAUGAGGGCUCAUCACUCUACCACAUCUAUGAGGUGAACCUGGUGUCAGAGCACAUCUGGUGUAAGGAUUUCCUUGUGCGUAGCUUCUACCUGAAGAACGUCCAGACGCAGGAGACCAGAACCUUGACGCAGUUUCACCUGCUGAGCUGGCCGGCUGAUGGCAUCCCCACCUCCACCCGACCGCUGCUCGACUUCCGCAGGAAGGUGAAUAAAUGUUACAGAGGUCGUUCCUGUCCAAUCAUCGUUCACUGCAGUGAUGGCACUAGCAGGACUGGCACGUACAUCCUCAUUGACAUGGUGCUGAACCGAAUGGCCAAGGGAGUGAAGGAGAUCGACAUUGCAGCCUCACUGGAGCACAUCAGGGACCAGAGACCUGGCUUGGUCCGCACCAAGGACCAGUUUGAGUUUGCGCUGACGGCAGUAGCUGAGGAGGUGAACGCCAUCUUGAAAGCCCUGCCACAGUGAGCUGCAGCAGCUGAAGUGAGGACACAGAAAUAGAUACUCAUGAGGACACACUCAUAUGAUGCAGUCAUUUAUGUCUGACCUUCACUGUAAAUAAGAAUUUGCUCUACCACACUCGGAGCAGUUACUGCUCUCGUUUUCAGCAUGCAGUAUUUCACCAUCUACUCAUCCUCUGAGUUUUUAAAACUUUUUUGGAUCUGUAUUUUAUUAUUAAUGCAUUCAAUGAUUUUUGGCGGGGUGUAGAUAUGAACAGAAGAUGCGUUUUUUUUCACCAUUAUGGCACAAAUUUGAUCUCUGCCUUUGCUCUCUGGAGUUUCUACCUUGUUAGACAAUAAUGAGGCCAUCAGAUGUAAACUACAAAGAGUAAAAACUUGCAUAUACCGUGCCUGUGUGAAUCCAGAUGAAAUUUCCACAUUGACUUUUGCUUGAGUCUGACAGGAUAGGAUACACUUCUGUUGGUGGUUGUAUGGCAUAAUGGCAUAAUGAUGUGUAACAUUGUUUGCCUAUCCUAUUAACAUCUGAUUACCAUUUACCUCUGUAAAUGUUAUAAGGAGUUUGGU